AUGGAUACAAAGAACCCCAACAAGGAGUUCAGAUCUACUCCUGAGUAUGCCGAGUACCAGAGAGAAAACUUCUGGGCUGACAACGAGGGGAAGAUUCCUCCUUUUAACACUCACCCCGACAAGCUCGAGGAGCGAGCAAAAGAGAAGCUCUCGGAGGGUGGCUGGUACUACGCCUCUUCCAACGCAGGCUACUCGACAACACAUCUUGCCAAUCGCCAGGCCUUUUAUCGUCAUCGCAUCAUUCCUCGCAUGCUGGUCGACACCAACAGGCGCGACACUACUUGGGAGAUCUGGGGACACAAAACCAGCGCACCCAUCGGAUUCUCUCCAGUCGGUAUCAACAAGAUCUAUCAUCCUCUUGGAGAGCUUCCUGUCGCGAAAAUCGCAAAGGAACUCAACCUGCCUUAUUGUUUGAGCACUGCUGGCUCGCAGCCCAUAGAGGAUGUUGGUGCUGCUAACGGAGAGGGUCCUCGUUUCUUCCAGCUGUACAUGCCUCACGAUGAUGAGUUGACGAUCUCCUUAUUGCGGAGAGCUAUAGACUCUGGCUUUACUGCUUGCAUCCUGACUGUCGAUACAUGGCAGCUCGGCUGGAGACACGACGACGUCGCAAAUAGCAACUAUGCUUUCUAUCACGGAAUCGGUCACGACUUGGGCCUAUCGGAUCCAGUGUUCCAGAAGAGAAUGGCAGAAAGUGGCAUCGACCCACAGAAAGAGCCUAACAGAGCGGGUGCUAAAUGGAUCGAUAACGUCUGGCAUGGAAGAGCACACAGUUGGGAGAAGAUGCCUUGGCUCAUCAAGACGUGGAAGGAGAUGAGCGGCGGCAAGCCUUUCGCCAUCAAGGGUAUUCAGAGCGUGGCUGAUGCCAGAAAGUGCGUUGAGAUUGGCUGUGAUGGCAUCGUCGUCAGUAAUCACGCUGGUAGACAAGUCGACGGCGCUGUUGCCAGUCUCGAUGCCUUGGAGCAGAUCGCUGAUGCUGUUGGUGACAAGAUCUACAUCAUGUUCGACUCGGGCGUUCGUGGAGCUUCGGAUGUAUUCAAGGCUCUUGCACUGGGAGCCAAGUUUGUGUUUGUCGGCAGGCUAUGGAUUUGGGGAUUGAGCAUCAUGGGCGAGCAUGGCGUGAGGCAUGUCAUGAAGUCGCUUUUGGCAGACUUUGAUAUCCUGUUGAACGUUGCCGGCUACCAGAAUGUCGGACAGAUACAAGGUAACCGCGAGGCGAUCGAGUCGUUGCCAAAGGUUUACUCUCUGAUCCAGGAGAGAGCUAAGCUGUGA